AUGGUGAUUGCCGGUGCGCUUGAGCCGUCGCCAGAGCUCGUUGCCGCCUGGUCGACUGUGGUCGCCAAGCCUUGGGCGGAGCCCGAAAGGGGGACCAUGGCGACGAAGCCCCCUCUACCGCCGGCUCCGAAGCCCGUGACAGCAGUCUCUGAAAGGACUCCUCCCCUCGCACCCGCGGAUCCCCUUGCCGAGUCAGAGGCGGGCCCGUCCGCUCCCGCUGCUGUUCAAUCUGCUCCGCCUGCGGCACCUGGCCUCCCGGCUCCCCUUGUCGAGCCGUCGGCGUCUGCCCCUGCUGGGGCUGUUGCUGAGCCCCCUGCACCUGUCCCUGGCGGCCUUGUUGCGCCGACCGCUUCUGUCCCCUGCUUGCCUGCGCCGGCCUCUGCUUCGUCACCAAAGGCGGCAUCCGCCACCACUGGCGAACCGGCUCCGUCGGUUGCGCCCGCGGCGGCGGGUCAGUCCGCCCCUGCUUCUCCACGGCGGUACCAGCAACAGUCGCACUGGCCUGCUCACCCCGUGGGUCAGGGGGAUUGGAGGGGUCCCCGUGCUCGUGGCGGGGGAGGGGGGUAUCGCCCGCCCGUGACGAUGGCGGAUCUUCAGCGGGAAGUGUCGAGGGCGGUUUGGGAGGAGAGGGCGGCGCAGAGCCAGAGCAGUUCGCUGCGCGCCUCGCCAGCCCACGAGGCUCCUCGUCCGGCUGCGCUCCCCCCGAACCCGCAGCCUGUUGCUGCGCCUCCCCCUCAGAUCCAAGCGCCGCCAGCUCCUUCUCCCGCUGUAACGGCACCUGCUCCUGGCUCUCGUCUCCAUCUGCCGCCGGUUCCGCCCGUUUCGGGAGUGGAGUUUGUAGCCGCGGGUGGCGGCUCGUUGGCGGCUCCGUUUGCUCUCCCAGUUGGUGCAGAAGAGCCGCUCCAGUUCCUGGCGGAGGCACUCCAGCCUCUGCAGACCCGUGUUCCCGAGGCGACUCUCGGACAGCUCCACCGCCUCGCUGACAGUCUCCACGCGCUGCUGCUGAUUCAGGUGCUGGCCCACUCGUCUCUCCCUGUGAUCCCUCCUGAGACCUUCCGUGGCCGCCAACGUGACUCUUGCCUGGACGCGGCAGACCAGCUCGCGGUGCUGCUGGCGCCCGUGCUGGCUGCGCCCGCGGAGGGUGGCGCUGCUGCUGCGGGACAGCUUGACGAAGCCGUCCGGGGCUUGAGGCGGCACUUACACGCAGGAUCUGGAGCCGCGGCGAUCGGCGCAAGCACGCUAGUGGUCCGGGAGCUGUGGCGCUCCUUGACGAGCAUUCUUCACGCCCUUGGAGCUCACCGCAUGUAG